GGUUGUUGAUAUGAGCAUGAGCUGUGAUUUACGACGGCGUUUUAGUGCCAUCUAGAAAAAAAUAAAACAAAUACAAUUUCGAGAAUAAAGUCAAAACGUUUUGAAAAUAAAUUCAAAAUUAUGAGAAUAAAGUCGAAACAUUUGGAGAAUAAAGUCGAAACAUUUGGAGAAUAAAGUCGAAACAUUUGGAGAAUAAAGUCGAAACAUUUGGAGAAUAAAGUCGAAACAUUUGGAGAAUAAAGUCGAAACAUUUGGAGAAUAAAGUCGAAACAUUUGGAGAAUAAAGUCGAAACAUUUGGAGAAUAAAGUCGAAACAUUUGGAGAAUAAAGUCGAAACAUUUGGAGAAUAAAGUCGAAACAUUUGGAGAAUAAAGUCAUUUUAAAUUUUUAAGUAUUGCACCGAAACGUUGUAGCUUCUGUUAGACAUGGACGUGGAGGAUUUCAUUAAAUCCUAUUUUAGGAUGGGAUUUUGUAAUAAAGAGAUCCUCCAUCUCUUAGCACAUCAACAUGGAGUUAUUAUAAGCAUCCGGACACUGCAGCGGUUAUGCAGAAAAUUGAAUUUAUUCAGAAGAAAGAACCAGACAGACAUUCAAGAAAUUGCCUCUUUCGUGCAAUCUGAGAUGGCAACCAGUGGUCGACUCCAAGGAUAUCGAUGGUUACAUCUGCGUGCUAUUCGAAGAGGAUACGUUGUUUCACAAGAGAAUAUGAGGAUGAUAAUUAAAGCAAUAGACCCUGAAGGAGUGGAACAUCGGCGCGCUCGACGUCUCCGGCGUCGCCAGUACUUCAGCCGAGGUCCGAACGCGUUGUGGCAUAUGGAUUCAUAUGAUAAACUCAAGCCGUACGGCAUUGCAAUUAAUGGUUGCAUUGACGGCUUUAGUCGGUUUGUGUACUGGAUGGAAGCGUACAAUACUAACAGUGACCCCAAAGUAAUAGCAGCCUACUAUAUUUCCACUGUAACAGGCAUUGGGGGUUGUCCCGAGCGAUUGCGUGCCGACCCUGGGACGGAAAAUGGACAUGUCAAAGACAUGCAAGUUUUCCUGCGGAGAAACCACACAGACGGCUAUGCAGGCGAGAAAAGUUUCAUGUAUGGAUGCAGCACGGCAAAUCAGCGCAUAGAAGCAUGGUGGGGUAUCUUGCGUAAACAAAGUGGACAGCUUUGGAUGGACAUCUUUCAGACCCUCAGAGACGACGGGCAUUUCUCUGGUGAUUUCUUGGACAAAAAUCUAAUACAGUUCUGCUUUCUUAACCUUGUCCAGGAUGAAUUAGAUGAAGUUGUGAGAACAUGGAACACCCACCAAAUAAGACCAAGACCAGGCCAGGGAAUGCACGGACUACGGCCUGUUUUGAUGUUUUCUAUGCCAGAAAUCUAUGGUGCAGGGGAGGACAAACUCAAAUCUGUUGACCCUGAAGAAGUGGUGGUUUGCAAAGAGGAGAGCACCCCAAAAGGGCCCUACCCCUGUGACAAGACUGUGUUUGAGCUCUGCACACUUCUUAUGGAAGAAAAAGGAUUAACUGCUCCUACAGACCCAUACCAUGCAGCUGAAGUGUACAUUCUGUUAAGAAAUGACUGAGAUACUAGAAAAUAUCUAGAAAGAAAAACUUUUAAUGUUUUAAACUUGAGCUCUGAUCUUAAGACUCAGACUGCAUCAGAAAAUGUGUUAUGCUAAUGUACUUGCAUUGUAAUAUGUUUUAAACAUAAAAGUACAGUAUACCAGUAAUCAACAUUAAUAAACAUGAACUGGUAGUGAACCAGUAGAGGUAAUACAUGCAAAAUGUUUAACAAAAAUGCACAUUUAAGAUUUAACCUUUACCAACAAAAAAUCAGACAUCUAUAAACAGUAAAUAUAUGCAAACCUCACAGUGACUGCAUGAAGCAUUUUAGAAAGCUGCUGAGAACUCUGAUGUAUCUUUUUUUGAAGUGUUAUUCUCUAAACAGAGAAAGUAUUCUGUUUACUUUCUACCUUAACAUUUUACAACAUUCAAUAGGAGUAUAUGAAUACUAAUUAAUAAGUAAACAAACACAACGUUAACAGAUGUGCAAGGCCCCAAACUGUGUAUGUUUUCUGCAUUGCAAAACUUAAAUAAAAACCUGUUUUUCUUCAGA